AUGCACGGAAAGCAAAUAUCGAGCCAGCCAGCCAGCCAGCCAGCCAGCCAGCCAGCCAGCCAGCCAGCCAGCCAAAGGUCCCUUCAUAUAGUGGUUGCUGUAGGGCCUUUCACUGUUUCUAGUAAUUUAUCCUACGCACCAUUACAAGAAUUAGUAAAGUAUGUCACGAAUCACAUUCCUCACGUUUUGAUUUUGAUUGGACCAUUCGUGGAUGCUUCGCAAGAAAAUGUAGCGGACAUAACAAUGAUGGAGUUAUACGAUACAUUCUUUGAAGCAUUAAUACAAAAUGUUAUGUCACCAUUAGAAGGGUUAAACAUUAAGGUUGUGUUAGUGCCUUCGGCGAAAGAUGCCCAUCAUCAUGUGGUUUUCCCGACGCCGCCUUACAAACUUCGCAAGACAUACCCCAACCUUCAGUGUGUAGGUGAUCCUAGUAUACUGAAUAUAGAAGGCUUAACUUUGGGAGCGACGUCUACCGAUAUACUACUUCAUCUGAGCAAGCAGGAGUGUUCAUAUGGAACGCAGGGAGGUGAUCGUAUCAGUCGCUUAGCUUCACAUCUUUUAUGCCAACAAAGUUUUUAUCCUUUGUAUCCUCCAAAUGAAGACGUUUUUAUUGAUUAUGAGUUACUGGAACAACACGCUGGAAUCAAUUUUAUUCCCAAUAUACUGAUUGUGCCAUCAAGCCUUCGCUAUUUCAUUAAAUACAUCAAUGGAUGUGUGGUGAUCAAUCCCGAAAGAAUCACAAAAGGUUAUGUUGGAGGGACGUUUUGCAGAAUGGAAGUAGCCCCACAAGUGUCAUCUGGUAGUCUAUCGGAUAGUGUUGUUGCUCAAAUUAUACGCAUUUAGUGAUUAUGAUUUUUAUUUAUUGUUUUUGUCAACUUGACACCUUUCAAUUUUUUAACGUUAUAAAUAUGUGGAAAAAGUUA